GCAGCGCCUGCGGAGCGUUGGAGUGUGGGCAUCUUGUGUUUCCUCAUAGAUUUUCAGUUAGCUGUUGCGAGAAAGUUUUGGCAUAAUUUCCUGACUUUUAUCUCGUAGUUUAGAUGUUAUAUCCAUCUGGAACGAAAUCUCUCGUGUGCUUAUUUAUUCGGUUACCGAGCACCGUCCUGUAAAUAUUUCCGGAUUGUAACUGUAGCCUAUAUUUUCUUUAAACUGCUGGUUGCCUUGGAUCAACUCUCGGAAUGAGUUUGAACGAACACUCAUUGCAGGCUCUGUCUUGGAGAAAGUUGUACUUGAGUCGAGCUAAGCUGAAAGCCACCAGCCGCACUUCAGCUCUAUUGUCGGGUUUCGCAAUGGUUGCCAUGGUGGAGGUACAGCUGGAGCGGGAUUAUAAGUAUCCUCCAGGACUGCUGAUAGCCUUCAGUGCCUGUACCACAGUUCUGGUUGCAGUACAUCUCUUUGCUCUCAUGAUCAGCACCUGCAUCCUCCCUAAUCUGGAGGCCGUCAGCAAUGUUCACAAUCUCAACUCUGUGAACGAGUCCCCCCAUGAGCGCAUGCACCGCCACAUUGAACUGGCCUGGGCUUUCUCCACAGUAAUAGGCACUCUCCUCUUCUUGACUGAGGUGAUGCUGUUGUGCUGGGUGAAAUUCUUACCUCUUAAAAACGACAAGGAAGAAGAUAAUGGCACCAUAAGUCCCGGAGAGGCGGCAGCCAUUGCUUCCACCUGCAUCAUGGUGCCGUUUGGACUUGUUUUUAUUGUCUUCGCUGUCCACUUUUACCGCACACUUGUCAGUCAUAAAACAGACCGACAGAUCCGAGAGCUUGAACAGGUCAUCAGACUCCAGAAUCAGCUGGACCACAGGGUGGAGAAUGAUGACCUGAAGGCCGCUGUCCAUUUCCCCUGAUUGUAACAAGUGAGCAUAGAAUAGCAGGGACAUUCAGCAGCACUGACAUCAACAUUUUCUUAUAAAAGCUUUAUUUUUUAUGUUCAUUGAGCUGAAAGGGUUGUCUUUUGAAAUUGUGAACAUGUUACAUUGAACUGCAUGUUUUGGGUCAGUUCCCUUCUAGAUUUUGCAUGUUAACAAACUUGGUUUAGGUUGUUGGUAAAUCUGUUGCUCAGUUAUUACCAUCAACAAAAUCUUGGGUUAAAAUCUUGAAAGAAUUUAGACUCUGUUGCUAAUUAACUAUUUGUUUUCUUUUGAAUUGUGAGGGCAAAUAUUAUAUCAAAUUUAUUUACCUGACUUAGUGCUGUGGUUUGUUUACAUUUGACAAUUUCCAUGACCUUUUUUAAAAAGAGAACCACAAGCUUGCAUGCAUGAGAAAAAUGAGAUUUUAGGCAAACGCGAUUCAUGUCUUAGACAAUCUAUAUUAGUGUUAAAAUCCGACUUUGUGUGCAGUCAGUGGCAACAACUACUUGCAAAACACAUUUUAUUGAAAAAGUAAAUUUUUUCAAUAUAAAUAUUUAUAUAUAAAAAAGCAUCACUGUGAAUCAAAAUUAGUUAUUUAGGGCAUCAUUUUAAAUUUGUGCAUGUGUUAAAGACUCAUUUUUCUUCUUAUAUUUUUUUUUUUUGCUGGAUUACACAUUUCUUCUGAUUAACUCAUAUCCUGUAAACCCACAAAAUGUUACAAGCUGUGGCAGCAGUGUUGUUGAACAAUUAUUAUAUUGCAUGAUGGUAUUGAAAGUGUGUUGAAAUUAGUAAUGUUUUGCACUUUUCUUCAAGCAGCUUACAGGCUUGAGCAGGUUACAUGCUUUUUUCUUUUAAUGUUGAAUGUAGUUUUUGCUCUUUUAUGUCCUGUAGCACAUAGCUGAAUUGUUUUGCUUGGGUCUGACCACUUUCUUUAGUGAAUUUGCUGUAACAUUGCACGAUGAAAUAAUUUCAUGGCAAACUUUUAAUGUCAGUGUAUUAUAAAUCACAGUUUGUAUUAUUUCACAACAUAAAGUUUAAAUUAUUUGAAAUAAAACAUUUUUACUUAA